AUCUCAUAAGAAGGUUUGGGUCUUACCAAGGUGACUUACAAAUCCAGUCUCCCAGAUAUUGGGGACACAUCAGAGUAGUCCAAGAGCUUCGGGUUGGAGAUUUGCUAAGGUAGGCUUUGGAUUCAAACAACCUGACUCCCUCCCAGCUCCGCCACCAGUAAAAUGUGAGUUCAUAGGAGUUGUCAUUGGGCUGGUGUUGAUAAAUGGGAGUCAGCAAAAAUAAUAGCACACAAAUGUUGAUUAAAUUUUUAGCUUUUCCUUGGGAGUUUUGAAUAGAAGAAGUUCUGCCCUUCAGAAAGUUUUAAAGUGAGCAAAUGCAGAGUAAAGGCACGAUACAGUAGGGCUUUGACGCCCUGGACCACCACCGCUCACACUCUUGGCCCACGGAGGUGUGAUGCGGCCUCAAGUUGUGAGUGAGAAGCAGGCUCGAUCCGCUGGGGCAGGAGGCGGGUGUCACUGCCUGGGUUCCUGGAGACCGGUGGGGUGGACCGACCCAGGGCAGGCUCCGCCUUCAGUGCUAGCACCGCCCCGAUGCCUUUCCCUUCGCUUUCCGGACCGGGCCAAGGUUCAGUGGUGAGGUGGUGGCCUCAGGAGCCUGGGCCAUGGGGACCCGAGCCACCGGAGCUGCGGGCCCUGGGGCACCCCUGGAGUUGGCCCUGCUGCUGCUGCUGCUGCUGCUGCUGCUGGGGCCCCGGCUGUCGGCCGGCGGCCCCGGGACUCCGCCGCUCUUCAACGUCAGUCUGGACGCGGCCCCGGAGCUACGCUGGCUGCCGAUGCUGCAGCACUACGACCCGGACUUCGUGCGCUCCGCGGUGGCGGAGGUCAUCAGCAACAGGGUUCCCCAGUGGGUCCUCGAGAUGAUCGGAGAGGUGGUGUCGAAGGUGGAGAGCUUCCUGCCCCAGCCCUUCACCGACGAGAUCCGUGGCAUAAGCAACUUCUUCAACGUCAGCCUGGCCGAGGGUAUCUUGGUCAACCUGGCCUAUGAGGCCUCCGCAUUCUGCACCAGUAUUGUGGCUCAAGACUCCCAAGGCCACAUUUACCAUGGCCGGAACCUGGACUACCCUUUUGGAAAUGCCUUGAGAAAGCUGACGGUGGACGUGCAGUUCCUAAAGAACGGGCAGAUUGCCUUCACGGGGACUACUUUCGUUGGCUAUGUCGGACUGUGGACAGGUCAGAGUCCACACAAGUUUACAGUUUCUGGCGAUGAACGAGAUAGAGGCUGGUGGUGGGAGAAUGCUAUCGCUGCAAUCUCUCUGGGACACUCUCCGGUCAGCUGGCUUAUCCGCAAAACCCUGAGUAACUCAGAGAACUUUGAGGAGGCUGUUUACACUCUGGCCAAGACGCCCCUCAUUGCUGAUGUUUACUAUAUCGUUGGGGGCACCGCGCCCCGGGAGGGGGUCGUCAUCACCAGGGACAGAGGUGGCCCAGCGGACAUUUGGCCUCUUGACCCUUUGAAUGGAGCGUGGUUCCGGGUUGAGACAAAUUAUGAUCAUUGGAAGCCUGUACCCAAGAGGGAUGACCGAAGAACACCAGCCAUCAAAGCCCUAAAUGCCACAGGGCAAGCACACCUCAGCCUGGAGGCCCUUUUCCAGGUUUUAUCUGUGUUUCCUGUGUAUAACAACUACACAAUCUAUACGACAGUGAUGAGCGCUGCCGAGCCCGACAAGUACAUGACCAGGAUCCGAAACCCAAGCGAGAGGUGGUUAUUUUCGAAGAGCUGCAUUUGAAAGACCAGAACAGAGAGAGUGUCGCACUGCUUUGUGAGGACGUGGGCUCCCUCCUCAUGCUGCUUUUCUGCCUGCGCCUGGGAGGGGAUCUCUUAGCGCCUGUCUGGAGCACCCGAGAGUCGCCCCUUGUCUUGCAGCCUCCCCACUUCCUGGUCCCCGUGAUCUUCAUUAACAACCCGCCCUGGCUGGAACAACCCCGAUAACCGGUAACUGGUAACCGGUGUCAGAGGUCAGGGUGUAUCUGGCUGCUCUCAGUUUCCCGUGAUGCUGUGUUCCCACUUCCGCCUUUCUGCUGAAGAAGUGGCAGGCCCGGCUACCGUCACUUCACGUGGAGGGCUGGGGACAAGCCCAGGAAAAGUUUCUCCUCAGGCUGGGGUGCAGCUCAUGGCAGAGUUUGCCCAACAAGGCAAAGCCCUGGGUUCCAUCCAGAGCACCACAGAAUAAAGAAAGAAAUCAAAGUUUUCUCUGAAAAGUGGAGAACUGUAGUUUGAGUAGAAUUUGUUUAAAGGUAUGUUAGUCUUUCAUAUUUCCACAUAGUGACACUUUUACUUUUUAUAAACUUCUAAUGUAUUUUUUAAAAUGUGGACCUUAUUUUUAAAAAAAAAACCUACUUUCUUACUACUUUUGAAAAUGAUAUGAAACCAAAUAACUUCCUGUCAUUGUUUAUUGUUUGUUAAUAAAAUGUCAAAAGGUCUUGUCAGGGAGAAUAAAAACUUGCAGGACAUCGAA